AUGCAUCUUCUAAUCAAAGAGUUCAUUAAGGAUUAUCUGUAUUGGUAUGCACAUAAACAACUAUUUAUUCCUAGUGAGAGCAUGGUAGAAAGGGUGGUUGGGUCAACUUUUAGUGCUAGCAACGUGUAUGAAGUUGGAAAUAACAACAGUAAUCCUUACAAGAACAUGGUUAUGGAUGUAAUAAGAAUGAAUGAAGGUAAUAAUCACCAACCUCCUGUAUUGCUAGAUCUUGAUUAUGCAGCGGGAGACCCCAACCCCACAAACGCAAAUAAAGUAUACUCUAGUAAUCUUAGAGUAAUGUACAAGCAAAUGGUGUCUGGUGCAGCAAAACCAACACUCUUUUUUGGAAAACCAUACCGUGCUGGUGACGAUUCUCGUCCUGGAGCUGGGACGAUUGAGAACAGCCCUCACAAUAAUAUUCACAGAUGGGCCGGUGAUCCAACUCAAGAAAAUACCGAAGACAUGGGCAAUUUUUACUCAGCUGCGAGAGAUCCGAUAUUUUUUUGUCAUCACUCAAAUGUUGACCGAAUGUGGACGAUAUGGAAGACUAUACCUGGAGGAAUUAGGAGGGAUAUCAGUGAUCCUGAUUGGCUUAAUUCAGAGUUUCUUUUCUAUAAUGAGAAUGCAGAGCUUGUUCGUUGUAAGGUUAGAGAUUGUCUUGACAAUAGAAGGCUAAGGUAUACUUAUCAAAAUGUUGAAAUUCCUUGGCUAAAAUCAAAACCAAUUCCAAGAAGGUUGGGAAAGAAAGCAGCUGAAACAAAAACUGCAUUAACACCGAUCACUGCAUUCCCUUUAGUCUUAGACAAAACCAUAGUUACUGUAGUUUCAAGACCAAAGAAAUCAAGAAGCAGGAAAGAGAAAGAAGAGGAAGAUGAAGUUUUAGUGAUAGAAGGGAUAGAAUACGACAAAGGAAAAUUCGUGAAGUUUGACGUGUUCAUAAAUGAUGACCUUGAGAUGCCUUCUAAACCAGAAAAUACAGAGUUUGCUGGGAGCUUUGUUAAUGUGUCUCAUAAGCAUGCGAAGAAGUCCAAGACAAGAUUGAUAUUGGGGAUUACAGAAUUGUUGGAAGACUUGGAAACUGAUGAUGAUGAUAGCAUUGUGGUGGCUUUGGUGCCCAGGUCUAAUAGUGUUAGUGAUCCUGUUGUCAUCUCUGGCGUUAAGAUUGAGUUUGUUAAAGAAUGAUGAUUAUCAAGGACAUCUCGUUUUUUCUUAUCCUUCAGGAGAUCAAUGUAUGUCUUCUAGUGUUUGUCUGGGUGCCUUGCCGCUUAAUAUCAUGCACGUGUAAUUCAUCUCUGUACUUUUUUGUUUAACAAUCUACAAUUAAAGUAAUGGCAGCUGAUUAAUUUUUUUAA